AUUGGUUGCACCCCUGCGCUGAAGCCCCGCCCAUUUCCCCGGGUCCUUUGAUCACGCGCCUGCCGGCUCUUCCGGGGCCCGGGAGCCAACCGAGGGCGUUACUGUCCGGGCUGCGGCGGCGGGAGGGAGCCCAGUGGAGGCGCCCUCCCGAGGCACCACUGCCCAUGCUGACUACCCAGCCCUCCGGCUGCCGAUGUCAUGAGUAACACCACAGUGCCCAAUGCCCCCCAGGCCAACAGCGACUCCAUGGUGGGCUAUGUGCUGGGGCCUUUCUUCCUCAUCACCUUGGUCGGGGUGGUGGUGGCUGUGGUAAUGUAUGUCCAGAAGAAAAAGCGGGUGGACCGGCUUCGCCAUCACCUCCUCCCCAUGUACAGCUAUGACCCUGCUGAGGAACUGCAUGAGGCUGAGCAGGAGCUCCUCUCUGACGUGGGAGACCCCAAGGUGGUACAUGGCUGGCAGAGUGGCUACCAGCACAAGCGGAUGCCCUUGCUGGAUGUCAAGACAUGACCUGACCUUCAGAACCGUGGGGUCUUGGAGUGUCCAGAGCCCUGUGGUCUGCUGCCUCCCC